AUGGCCCCUCCUCGCCGCAAGGUCCUGGCUACGGCCGAAGAAACCAUGUUCCCGCCGGACGAGCUCGCCGACACCCACCAGAUCGCACGCGCAAUCAAGGCCACCGGCAAUAACAUUUACCUCAUUGAGCUGCCCGACAAGAAGCAGAUGCUGGUCGAACUGCCUGCCCGCUUCCGGUCGACUUUCUGGAUCAAGCGCGGUUCCUUCGUCCUGGUCGACACGUCGACUCAGGAGGAGCGGGAUAACAAGAUUGGCGGGGAGAUUAUCAACAUCGUGCGGGACGAGAAGGCCUGGAGGAAGGCUUCUUUCUGGCCCAAGGAAUUCCCCAAGCAGUCAGUGGCCGUCGCCGACUCCGACAGUGACGAGGAAGAAUCUCGGGUGGGCAGAAUGCCCUCCUCAGAUGAAUCUGACGCCUGA